GUUUACAUAAUGAGCUUGCGAGGACAAGAGGCAACUAUAUAAACAGCUCGAAGGGAAGCAAGUUUUCCAUUGACCGAGCGAGCGCUGCUAGCCCUGGAGGAGGAGCAAUCCCGCACGAAACAGACACCCUUGAGCGUCUUUCCACUCGGGUUGGGAGUUUACAAGGGCGAUCGCAGCAAAAGUUUUCUCGCCGAGGACAGGAUUAAUCCCCUCAAGUGGAUGCUUUCAACCACCUGGAUUUUAUCUUCCCGCUCGGGCUGGGGAAUAUUUGGAAGCGGCUCCUCGAAGUAAGUGCAGACGCCGGCUUCGGCGGCCAGACAGAAGCUCAUCCUUGGACGACCUGAGGAAUACAAGAGCGAAGUAUACUUCAGUCCCAGGGAGAGUUUGAAGCCCUCAGCAAGCAGAGCGGGAGAGAGGAUGGCAGCCUUACCCCUCUUUGGCUUGACGUUUGCCUUGACGGUGAUUCUGCAGAGGGCAUCCGGCUCAGGCGUCUUCCAGCUGGAGCUGCGCGAGUUUGUUAAUGGCCAGCGCUCCCUGGCCAGCGGAGAGCCCUGCGCGGCUGGCUGCAGGACCUUCUUUCGCGUUUGCUUGAAGCAUUUUCAGACCGUGAUCUCGCCGGGGUCCUGCACCUUCGGAAGCAUCAUCACCCCUGUGCUGGGAAUCGACUCCUUCCCCAUCAAAGAAACGGAGGGAUUUGGCAGCCCCAUCAAGUUGCCUUUUAACUUCACCUGGCCGGGAACUUUCUCAUUGAUCAUUGAAGCCUGGCACGCUCCUGAAGGUUACUUUCCAGCAGGUUCGGAGCCGCCCGCCGAGAAGUGGCUCAUCAGCAAGAUGGCGAUCCAGCGGGCGCUGGCGGUGGGCGAGGACUGGUUUCAGGAUGAGCAGAGCAGCGAGGGGGCCAGGCUGAGCUACUCCUACCGCGUGGUGUGCCACGAGCAUUACUAUGGGGACAACUGCUCCCGCCUCUGCAGGGGCCGCGACGACCGCUUCGGCCACUACCUCUGCGAAUCUGACGGCAGCGUCGCCUGCAUGACAGGCUGGACCGGGAACUAUUGCACAGAAGCUAUCUGUUUAGCUGGAUGCACAGAGAAAAAUGGAUUUUGCAGAAAUCCAGGAGAAUGCAUCUGUCGCAGUGGUUGGCGAGGUCGUUACUGUAAUGAAUGCGUUCCUCAUGCAGGUUGCCGCCAUGGGACCUGUAAGAAACCAGGAGAGUGUAUAUGUGAUGAAGGCUGGGGAGGUCUUUUCUGUGACCAAGAUCUGAACUAUUGCACUCAUCAUAAACCCUGCAAAAAUGGAGCCACUUGCAUGAACACUGGCCAAGGUAGUUAUACAUGUUCCUGCAAAGAGGGCUUCACUGGCAUUGACUGUGAACGGAAUAUCAGCGAAUGUGACAGUAACCCUUGCAAGAAUGGAGGAACUUGCACGGAUUUGGGAAAAGACUACAAAUGUACAUGUCCUCCAGGAUAUGAUGGUGUUAACUGUGAGCAUAGUGCCUUGACUUGUGCUGAUUCUCCAUGUUUUAAUGGUGGCACAUGCCUGGAAAAAGAAAAAGGAACCAGCUAUUCUUGCCUUUGCCCUAUGGGGUUUACAGGAUCCAAUUGUGAAAAAAAAGAAGACAGAUGUACUAAUAACCCUUGCGCUAAUGGUGGGCAAUGCUUUCUUUUGGGUGUGACGCGUGUGUGUCGUUGCCGUCCUGGAUUCUAUGGUCAGAAAUGUGAGAUAAACAUCAGCAAGUGUUCCAAAAAUCCAUGUUCCAAUGGAGGAACUUGUCAUGACCUUGUGACUACACAUGAUUAUACAUGUACUUGCAUGCCAGGUUACACUGGCAGGAAUUGUGAUAUAAGGGAUGAGUGUGCCUCUGGGCCAUGCCAGAAUGGGGGAACAUGCUAUUCUAGGCUAUAUGCUACCAGUUUUGCUUGCCACUGCCCUCUUGACUUCAUGGGCACUCAUUGUGAAUUUCCAGUGAAUUUGCAGCCUGAUUCAGAGCUUGCUAAACCAGUUCCAUGGGUGGCUAUAUCCAUGGGAGUUGGGCUUGUCGCCCUCCUCAUAUUGUGUUGCAUGAUAGCUAUAGUUAUCCGGCAGAUGCAGAGGCACCCUGAGCAUAAUUCAGAAACAAUGAACAAUUUGUCAGACUUCCAGAAGGAAAAUCUCAUCCCUGCUUCUCAGCUUAAAAACACAAAUAAAAACAAAGACCUUGAAGUAGACUGUGUACUGGAGAAAUCAAACUACAAACCUAAGAAUCACAUUUGGGAUUAUAAUCUGGUGAAGGAAUUGACGAGCAGAGGAGUUCAGGAAGAUAAAUACCAUAAAAGUGAAAAGUGUAUAGGAGAGAAAUCAGCCUUCUGGUUACACAGUGAAAAGCCAGAAUGCAGAAUAUCAACGAUAUGCUCGCCAAGAGAUUCCAUUUACCAGUCUGUCUUUGUGAUAACAGAAGAGAGAAAUGAAUGUGUUAUAGCCACAGAGGUAUAAGAAUGAAGCCAGUUCUGUUUGCACCUCAGACUCGGAGAUGCCACAAGGUGGAUGUUCCUGCAACAUUGUUUACAAUUCAGAAUUGGAUUGGACUUGGAUUCUUUAAUUAUAUGCAAUUUGCUGCUCUCAGGAGGAGACGGAAAGGAUGGAAGCGGGUGAACUGGACAGUGAAUUUAUUAAAGGAUGCAAUAGACUUUUUUGCUCCCUUUUAACUUGUUUUGAAGUCUCAUACAAGGAAUGUUAACUGACUACAAGGAGGAGACAGACAGAAUGACAUCUUUUACUAGCCUUUGAAAUUACAUUGCUGCCAGUUGCUCAUGAACAGUUAUGACAAUUUCCAGAAAUUCGGUCUUGGGAGGUGCCAGUAGGUGCAAAAGGCACUCAGUCCAUCACAGAUGUAUAUCAACAAUAUCUUGAGAAGAAUGAAUUAAUAAAGAAGCAAAUGUUGCUAUGCAGAUAAUGGAUUUAAGUUAAAUGAACCCAAUGUUUCUUCUGGAUUUGAAAAGUGCCUAAAGCUUGUCUGAGAAUCUAGAGAACCCAAAUAGAGACAAACCUCCCACAAGUUUUUUUUACAGAAUUCAAGCAGUAUUGGCCAGGGAUAGAUGAUAAACUUCCUCUAGCUCAUCUAUUUUAAGUCCCUUUUGCCUUUUCAUGUAUUCUAGGCAAUGUGAAGGCAAAUAGGAUAAAGGGAAGAUGGAUCUAGACACCGCAUUUUAUCUUGUGAUGAUGCUUCAGUGAACCAAGCAGUAAAAUUAUGGGUUUGGUCCUUUUUCUCUACCACAACCAAAUCCAUGAAUCUAAAAAUGAAUAUUGGCUCCUUCUCCUUUUUAUGAGGAUACUUAAUUCCAGUGCUCACUUGAAAGCCUUACAGUGCGUUUAAAAUCAAUCAGCUGUAUUCACACCCUUUGCACUGCAGAGUCACCACAAACAGAAGUGUGUUUCUUCUCCAUCAUACACACUUGGAAGGAAUUUGAAUUUUGUGUUAGAUACCUGAAGCUACUACAAUCACACCUAAUCUCAAAGUCCAAACUGUCUGUUGUCACAGCCAGGGAAGGAGUUAUUUGGCCCUGCUACAGAACCAUUACUACCACUGCUAUCUGCAGUUCACAGCCCUCUUCCCAAAUGUUUAAUAGAAGUACAGCAACCAACUUGACUUCUGGAGGGGCAUUCCAUGGGGCAACUCUUAAAUCUAUUCACAUUGCUGCAAGGAAAGGGAUAAGGUUAAAUUUUGGAGUCCAAAGGAGCAGUUCACACAGACUUAACGUAUACACUUACAGCAAUAAUAAUAGACAUUUCAGAUAGGAAGUGCUGUGAUGUUUGUAGUGAUAAACAAAUACUGUGGGAAAGAGAACAUGGCGGAAGCAGAGAGAGGAAGUGAAUUCUCAUUCAAGGAAACUGUGAUUGUGCUUUCUAUGGUAGAAGAGUUCCUGACCUUGUAAAAUCCCAGUGUUAGAUUAGUCCACCUACAGUCUUGAAUUGUGCAAGCAAAUCUUGCUUGGAAUGUUCACUACUGACCUUCUGUUCUGGCCAUUAUGAAAAUGACCUUCAGAAAUCAAUAAUAUGGUUUAUAUUAGUGUCUGUUCAUAGUUUAUUAUGAAGUCUAGUAUUUCAGUAAUUUAAAGAAAAUCAGAAGCACUGAACUUUCUACAUUUUGUAACAUUAUUUUGUAUAUAAUGUAUAUUUAUAAUCAAAAACAGAAGUGUAAAUAUGUUUAUUACUUUUCAUGCAAUGUUUUUAUGUGACGACAAAGUUUGAAUUUUAUUUUUUUUUUCAAAUAAUGAAAACAAGUUCCUGCUACUGCA